AAUUUCCUUAACCCCUCCGCUUCCGCUCCCCUUCUUCCGGUGUUCGAUUCAUCCGAUCUUCCACGUCGCUAUUCCCUCCGCGCCUCUCCAAGGCCGAGUCCUCCGGCGCUUCUCCGUCUCUUGCUGCAUUUUAGCUUCGUGCCCGAGAAAUCCGGCGCUGCUCCGUCGUCCUUGUUGCAGCAUUGCUAAUUACAAGAAGCUACUUUUGGUUCAAUGAAAGGCACAUAUUGCAUUUGAAUUUGGAAAACGUGGAUACAAAUGGACACGAAUGUGGAUGUGCAAUUGCUUUUUAGAGUUGAUGAAGUAAUGGAAGCAAAAAGCUUUGACAUUGGCUUUCGAAGUGCUUGGUUUCGUUGUAAGAUAAAGAAUUACCAAAUCCGAAGAGGACAACAAUGGUGUGCUUUGGAGUACUUUGACUACCCUGAUGAAGACAUAACAUGGACUAAAUUAUAUCAAAAGCUACCUCAGCAACAUAAUCGUGCAAGUGCAAAUGCAAAUGGCAAUUUGGAACUCAUGGUGCGCCCAUCUUUUCCUCCCAUCUUUAAGGAAAGUCAACUACCAGUGAUUUUCCCAGCAUCAUCAGAUGUGAUAGCAAUUGUCAGUGACACCUGGAAAAUUGGUGAUUUGGUUGAUUGGUGGUUUCAAAAUUGCUACUGGUCAGGAAAAAUAAGCAAAAUUCUUGAGGAUGAUAAAGUGUCGUUAGAUUUGCCAGAUCCUCCAAUUGGUGAAGGGAAAUCUUAUGAUGCUGAUUGUAAGGAUUUGCGUCCCACACUAGAUUGGACUCCAGAAAGUGGCUGGAAAGUUCCUGCACCCGAGGAGCAUGAAAGUCUUUGCAGUUGUGCCAAAUUGAUUCAUCGGGACAGUCAAGAAGCAAUCAAAAUGAGGGCAGACGUACUUUGUGACGGUUUCUUGGAAGACAUUGAAGAUUGCUCUUCUAGCACCAGCAAUGAAUCGAGUGAAGGAAUGAUCACACCGACAAAAGCACUGCCAUCUACGGAAGCUUAUGCUACGGCCGAUAUGGAGGAUGGCCAUACGACUAAAAAUGAUCAAGCAAUUUCAGCUAAAAUUGGCACUGAGGUACAAAACAUGCUGAAUGAUCACUUCAAUUAUCUCGAGGGAAUAUGGAUAAAUGAAAUGAGACGAACAGCUUCUCUAAGGUGUCCUACCGUAGAAUCAUCCAUCAUUCGGCUGGAAAUGCUGUCUCAGAAGAUUAGAUGGCUUAAAGGCUUGGUGAAGCUAGAUCCAGAGUUUUCAAGCCCUGUGAAGCACACUUGGGAAUUUGUAGAGAGCCAGAGAGCCGCGCCUCACUGAAAUAGAGAUGGGACAUUGCUGAGUCUCAAACUUGGGAAUUUGGUAGAGUUGUCCCCUACGAAAUUAUCUGGGCAUCAACUACCAGAUCCUACUCUUUCUUUACUUGUAAUCAUGGUGUUUCAGCAAAGUUUACAUGCAUUCAUCUCAGUAAAUGCAAGCCAUGAGACCUUAUCAUCUGUGGGCCAUAUUUUGAGCAACUCGUCAUGUAAUGUUCGUCAGAUGGUUAAAGGUGACUUCCAUGUGAUUUUUUAUUUUUCCUUUCUCCAAUCUCAUCUUAAAUCCUGUACUCUAUAUUCUACAGUAAUCGUUGACCAAUAGUUUAUAGUUUUGAA